AUGAUAUUCUUAACGUCGCCACUAGAUGUCGACAUAUGCAAGCAUUGUUUAGGGAAACAAGAGGGAGUAUUGCAUCCAUUGAAUGUUAUGUACGCACAGACUCUGGAUAAUGCCUUCGACGCUCUAAUACUAGUCCAGCUGUGGGAACAAGCCUGUGUUUAUGCUGAAAAAUUAAUACCAUGCUUCAGGUUUUAUUACGGCGAAUUGCAUCCCUUAUUGGGAUUGUUGCAUAUAAAGUAUGGAAAGAUAUUGCUGUAUAAAAUGAAUCUAGCGGGGGCAUUGGAGCAGUUCAAAUGUGCUGAGAAGAUUAUCAAAAUAACACACGGAGAAAAACACCCAUUGUACAAGAAUCAUCUCCUGCCGCUGAUGUACCAAGCUAUUGUUGAAUCGGAGUAA